UUAUAAUACACUAUACAGAUAUUACAUAAUAAGUAAAAAUAUUUAAACCAGAUUAGGGUCCUCUUAUCAACCUGAGUUACCAACUUCGUUUGUAGCUUAUCGUAUUUGACCGUCGCGAACUUCGGAUACACAGCUCUGUAUUUUUUUUUUUUCUUUAGGUUUUUUUUUUGUAUUCCUCUCAAUAUCUGACUAAUUAUUUUCAUAAAUUGCACCUAUUGAAUAACUUUUAAAAUAUCUCUAGAGCUUAGAUAAUAUUUUCCCAGUACGACAGUUCAGGACACAACAUAUGACCUUUGUACACAUUAAUAAACGGACGUAAGGUUAAAAACAAUUUAAAAUGGAAUGGCGAGGAAUUGCAUACAUUACAUUGUGGUACCUGAGCAUUACAAGUGGAUUUCUGGCUCUAUGUUGUCCAUUAGUACCCUUGAUGUUUGUUUGUCCACAUACUUUCCGUUAUAUUAUAGGCAUCAUAUUCUCUGUGUGGGAGAUGUAUCCCACCAUAUUGAUGCGUCUAUUGUUCAACACUCGUUUUAUAAUAACUGGAGAUCACAUUAAUCCAUUUGAUGGUGCAUUGUUAAUUAUGAAUCACCGUAAUCGGUUGGAUUGGAAUUUUUUGUGGGGUGGUAUGUAUUACAGUUCCAAGCCACCCGCACAUAAGCUAAAAAUGGUACUCAAGUCGGCUAUCCGACAUGUACCUUUUGCUGGUUGGGUGAUGCAGUUAUCGGGAUUUUUGUACAUACAGCGUCGUUGGGAUCAUGACCAGUCUUCAAUGGAAAAACAGUUAAAAUACUUCAGUGAUGUAAAUGAUAUUCAUCAGAUUCUAUUGUUCCCCGAAGGAACAGAUCUAUCACCAAGCAAUAUUAUACGUAGCAAUAAAUAUGCUGCAAAAAACAAUCUUCCUAGUUAUAAAUAUGUACUUCAUCCAAAAACUACAGGAUUUGUCUUCCUUGCUAACACAAUGCGAAAAAAUAAUCAAAUUAAAGCAGUGUAUGAUUUGACAAUUGGUUAUCCAGAUUUAAUACCACAAAGUGAAAUGGAUGCUUUACGAGGAGUAUUUCCAAAAAGUGUGCAUUUUCAUAUAAAACGAUAUGAUGAGGCAGAUUUACCAUACACCUCAGACGGCUUAAAAACAUGGUUAAAUGAUAUUUGGAGGUUGAAAGAAAAAAGAUUAGCUGAUUUUACUGCUACUUCAUCGUUUUCAUCUAAUCCUCAAGCUACACUCAAUAAUAAUCAACCCAUUGAUAAUGCUCUCUAUUUAGCUCUAAUAUUUUGGACACUAGUUCAGAGUAUUGUUAUUUAUGGUAUAAUAACAUCAUCACUCUUCCAAUAUUGGUGUUUGUUGUGCUGUAUUGUAUUUUUAGGGUUCUCAUACACUGAAGAUGGUUUCCAAAUGUUUGAAGUCAAAUUAUUUAAUUUUAUAAGAAGUUGAGAAAAAAACAUAAAUAACAUGUGUUCAUUAUUUUAUUACAUAGAUAUACUGUAGGCAUACCUACUUUUAAUUAUGAAUUACGUAUUAUUUCAUAGUUACCUAUAAUUUAGACAUCUGUUAUAGUUAAGUCUAUUUUACUAUUUACAUUUUGUAUACAAUAAUUAUAAAACUUGUAAAUUUAUUAUUUGAAGGUUU